CCCCUCGCCCCCUCCCGCGUCCAGCCCCGCGCUCCCCACCUUGUAAAACAAAGCCGGGGAAAAUGCCUGCCCUUGCAGCUCGGAGCGCGCAGCCCGUCUCUGAAUAAGAAUGGCGGCACCUGACUUGCUGGAUCCUAAAUCUGCCGCUCAGAACUCCAAACCGAGGCUCUCGUUUUCCACGAAACCCACAGUGCUUGCUUCCCGGGUGGAGAGUGACACGACCAUUAAUGUUAUGAAAUGGAAGACGGUUUCCACGAUUUUCCUGGUGGUUGUCCUCUAUCUGAUCAUCGGAGCCACCGUGUUCAAAGCAUUGGAGCAGCCUCAUGAGAUUUCACAGAGGACCACCAUUGUGAUCCAGAAGCAAACAUUCAUAUCCCAACACUCCUGUGUCAAUUCGACCGAGCUGGACGAACUCAUCCAGCAAAUAGUGGCAGCAGUAAAUGCAGGGAUUAUACCCUUAGGAAACACCUCCAAUCAAAUCAGUCACUGGGAUUUGGGAAGUUCCUUCUUCUUUGCUGGCACUGUUAUUACAACCAUAGGGUUUGGCAACAUCUCACCACGCACAGAAGGCGGAAAGAUAUUCUGUAUCAUUUAUGCCUUACUGGGAAUUCCCCUCUUUGGUUUUCUGUUGGCUGGAGUUGGAGAUCAACUAGGGACUAUAUUUGGAAAAGGCAUUGCCAAAGUAGAAGAUACAUUUAUUAAGUGGAAUGUCAGUCAGACCAAGAUCCGCAUCAUCUCAACAAUCAUAUUUACACUGUUUGGCUGUGUGCUCUUUGUUGCUCUGCCUGCAAUCAUAUUUAAGCACAUAGAAGGCUGGAGUGCCCUGGAUGCCAUUUAUUUUGUGGUUAUUACUCUAACAACCAUUGGAUUUGGUGACUACGUUGCAGGGGGAUCAGAUAUUGAGUAUUUGGACUUCUAUAAGCCCGUCGUGUGGUUUUGGAUCCUAGUAGGGCUGGCUUACUUUGCUGCUGUCCUGAGCAUGAUUGGAGAUUGGCUCCGAGUGAUAUCUAAAAAAACAAAGGAAGAGGUGGGAGAGUUCAGAGCACACGCUGCUGAGUGGACAGCCAACGUCACAGCCGAAUUCAAAGAAACCAGGAGGCGGCUGAGUGUAGAGAUCUAUGACAAGUUCCAGCGCGCCACCUCCAUCAAGCGGAAGCUCUCAGCAGAGCUGGCUGGGAACCACAGCCAGGAGCUGACUCCUUGCAGGAGGACCCUGUCGGUGAACCACCUGACCAGCGAGAGGGACAUCUUGCCUCCCUUGCUGAAGACUGAGAGUAUCUAUUUGAAUGGUCUGACGCCACACUGUGCUGGCGAAGAGAUUGCUGUCAUUGAGAACAUUAAGUAGCCCUCUCUGUGAAGAGCCCCAGGCGUAGCCAUAGGCGAGGACUUCUGUACGCCCGCCCUUCAUGACUGUUGCUGGCAGCAUUUUUUAAAUUGUGCAUGAGCUCAAAAGGGGAAACAAAUAGAUACCCCGUCAUAGUCAUCUGCCAUCAGGAGAGUUUGGAAUUAUGAGCCAGCACUAUCUUUCUGAUGACGCUUGUUGAAAGGUCCACUGUCUCUGGCAAGUGGAAUGACAAGCAAUGUCUGAUGCCUUUUUGUGCCCAGACUGUUUUCCUCCCUCUUUUCCUAACGUGCCAUAAGGCCUCAGAACGAAUUAUAAUUGUUUUUGGUAAUAAUGUAGCUUUGAGGGAUCAGUCCUUAACUUUUCAGGGUCUACCUAACUGAGCCUAGAUCUGGACCAUUUAUGGAUGACAACAUUUCUUUUUGUAAAUGGCGAGAAAUUCUUAUGCAGCCUUUUACCUAAGAAAUUUUCUGUCAGUGCCUUAUCUUAUAAAGAAACAGAACCUCUCUAGCUAAUGUGUGGUUUCUCCUUCCCCGCCUUCACCCCUAGGCUCACCUCUGCAGUCUUUUCCUCAGUACUCCCUUUUAGAUACCAUACCUUGCUAGAAACAGUGUGUAAAAUGCUGGAAGUGAUGAUGUGCGAAGAAGGAAUAGAUGCCAAAUUAGAUGGACAUCUAAGCAGCACUCAGCGUUGCCUCGCGUUAAAGGCACUGCAGAGAAAGAGGUGCAGAGAUGGCCCCUCUGAGUAUUUAUUUGACUCAGGUACCAAUGGUACAUUAAUACUGUGUAAUUAUUACCAGGCCAGUAAAAUUGGCCGCUCCCAAGUAGUCCCUUUUUCCUGGCAGUAUUUGGAAUUUAUCAUUUAUUAAUAAGCAUACAUCUUUUAAAGGCAGAAGAAGAAAACCCACAUAUAAAAAUGAUCUGACAAAAGAAAGAUGUUAAAAAUGGAUAUUCCUGGAAGAGAUUUGAAACAGUUGGUGUGAAUUACCAUUCUGAUAAAAAGAAAAUAGCAAAACGAGCAUUUGCUAAUAAACAUACUGCCAGCAAUUAUUUGCUUUUGGAUGUAUAAAAGGCUUAUGUAAUUUUCUUUCCCUGGGUGACUUUUGCCAGAUGAGGGGAGGUGAUGCAGCCGUGAGAGGAGGACACAGUCCUAGCCUUCCCUAGGUGUUCCUUUGAAGUUGUAACCAGGUGUGAAAAGCAGAAGUUGAAACUGGGAUCACUGUGAUUUUGCACUUGGAAAAAUGCAGAUUGCAGGCAUAAUUCAUCUCUGGCAUUAGAGAAAAAGCUGUUAAAGCACAAUUUAAAUCUUGAGAGUCUUUUUUUUUUAAGAUAGAAAAGGCUGAUAAUUCUUUUUAGUUUAAUUUUAUAUCCUGCAAUUCUUUGGAUAUUUCCAAGAUUCAGAAAAAAAUUCGGUAAAUGCGCCCAAUAAAUUGCUACCCUUUCCUUUAUUUUCAUACUUAGAUCUGCUGUACAUUUUAUAAAUAUAUAUAAUUUUUAAAAUGCAGAAAGAAGAUGAUUUCCAUAAAUAUAAUUGCAAAACUGGUUUUUUUGUUUGUUUUUACUUUUGAGGGGUGUAUGUCUGAAUAAGAGGCAUUCGGAUUAGAGUCUUCAAAAAGAAACCCAGGAUCUUAAAAGACAAACAAACUAAUAGAUACUUAUUUUCCAAAAUUUAAAUUUAAGCUAGAAAUGUAAAUAUUCAGUUAACUUGUUGAAGGUACUUUUAUAAACUUAAAACAUUCUAACCAAACUUUUAGAAAGUCAGGCUCUUUUAGAAAGAAAGCUACACCCAUUUUCUCAAUAACUGUUCUGAAAGUUCAUAUGGUGGAAUGCGCCAUGUAUAAACUGUGAAUUGUAUUGACAAAUAAAGUUUGUAAUUAAAGUUA